AAAAAACGCAACUUUAUAUAUGCAGUUUUAAAGUAGCCACCAUGCUGGCAUCAGCAACCGAGGUCUGGCGGGCUGGUUGGCUCUGGCACCCUCCUUCUUCCUCAUUUACUACACCAGAGCUUUCAUCUUUCCGAUUUCUAAGUUUAAUUCCCAGUUUGAAAGAGGGAGAUGAGGACCUGCCUAGAGAUGCAAAGAUUGUCAAGUCGCUACUGAAAUCAAUGGGUGUGGAGGAAUAUGAACCUCGUGUUAUACACCAGUUUCUGGAGCUAUGGUAUCGUUAUGUUGUUGAUGUGUUGACAGAUGCACAGGUUUAUUGUGAGCAUGCUGGCAAAUCUGCAAUUGAUUGUGAUGAUGUCAAGCUUGCUAUUCAAUCGAAAGUAAAUUUCAGCUUCUCACAACCACCACCGAGAGAGGUUUUACUGGAAUUGGCUAGAAACAGGAACAAAAUCCCACUGCCCAAGACAAUAGCUGGACCUGGUAUUCCACUUCCACCAGAGCAGGACACCUUGAUUAGCGCAAACUACCAACUUGCCAUCCCAAAGAAGCAGCCUUCCCAGGCAGUAGAAGAAACAGAGGAGGAUGAAGAAAGCGCUGAUCUCAACCCAUCACAAGAACCAAAGACAGAUGUUCCACAGCAUAAUACUCCUCAGAGAGUAUCCUUUCCCCUUACCAAACGUUCCAAGUAAGAAUUUUACGCUCCCACAGUUAAGACAGUGAGAAAACCAUGUUGCUGAGAAGAGAGUCCUAUAUUUAUAUGAAGAGGAACCAACGGAUAUAUCAAUUUAGAAGGAAAAAGGAGAUAACUUGGUACUCCCUUUUUCUUAUUUGACCUCCGCAAGUGGAUUUAAUCACAUUCAGUGGUUUGUGUUCUUUUAGUUACCAUUAGAUCUAUGCAAAAAUAUUUUGGUCUUGGUCCUCUCCCUGUUUGCCCAGUUUGAAAUGAGAAGCACAGACGAACAAACAAAAUUGCUGAUUUUGUUGAAUCUAUUAAGGAUUAGACGUUAUUCUUCUUUUGUAAAGGUCCACAAAACUACUGUAAUACAAGUUACCAGUUCUACUAA